GGAGAUUAAUUCUUGCGUAUUAUGUUUCGGGACCUUUUCCUUACGGUAUAAUGAAGGUUCGACAGAGGCAGCAUAGGUUAAGUAGUGUAAACGUGAAUCGAUCAGAGACUUGAAGGAAAAAUUAAAUAUGUAUCAAUUUACAAACAAGAAUAUUUAAUAAUUUUUGUGCUUUCCAGCUGAUGUAACACCAAUAAACAGGCCCCCGACAGUCGAAUCCCCCACCCGCAAGGGAGGGGUCCUAGCUGUUUGUAUACUUUACGACGGGACUUAGAGCUGAGCUCACGUUAAUGAAGCAACAGAAAACCAAUUCGAAACGAUAAUAAGAAAAAAGCAAAGCGAAUUAAUAUGUUCCCGUAUAGUUCUCGUUGCGUAUAUGUUCAUAAUCUGAAAGUUUACUUUGCACUGAUGCUGUUUUGCGCAUCCGCCGUGGAAAGUCAUCAAAGAGGGCUCUUCCCAUCCAUCUUCAACCUCGCCAGCAUCUCCCAGAUAUCCACCAAUGCCACCUGCGGUGACCUAGUCCCUGAGACGUACUGCAAGCUAGUGGAGCAUGUUCCAACACGACAGAUCCUCGCCCGGCAGUGUGGGAUCUGUGACCUACACAGCACCAACUCAGAAGAGAGACAUCCCAUUACCAACGCCAUCGACGGGACUAACGCUUGGUGGCAAAGUCCCAGUAUCAAGAACGGCAAUCAGUUCCACUGGGUGACCAUCACUCUGGACUUGCAACAGGUCUUUCAAGUGGCCUAUGUCAUCGUCAAGGCCGCUAACUCACCGCGACCUGGAAACUGGAUCCUGGAGCGAUCUCUGGACAACAUUGAGUACCAUCCCUGGCAAUACUACGCCAUAAGUGAUGCAGAGUGUCUGGCCCGCUACAACAUCACACCUUACACUGGCCCUCCUGCUUACCAGCAGGAUGACGAAGUCUCUUGCACCUCUGAAUACUCUCGACUCGUCCCCCUGGAGCACGGAGAGAUUCACACCUCCCUGAUCAAUGGGAGGCCCAGCGCAGAUAACCCCAGCCCUGAGCUCCUCAAGUUCACCACCGCCCGCUACAUCCGCCUGCGGCUGCAGAGAAUCCGUACCCUCAAUGCUGACCUCAUGACCUUCGCCCACCAGGACCCCAGUGAGGUCGACCCCAUCGUCACACGGCGGUACUACUACUCUAUGAAGGACAUAUCAGUGGGUGGUAUGUGUAUCUGCUACGGCCAUGCGCGGACCUGCCCCUGGGACCCCGUCACCAAGAUGCUCCGGUGCGAGUGUGAGCACAACACGUGCGGGGAAAACUGCAAGGAGUGCUGCCCGGGACAUCACCAGGAGCUGUGGAGGCCGGGAACGGCACUGAGCAGCAACAUGUGUGAAAGGUGCAACUGCCACAACAAAUCGGACGACUGCUUCUACAGCCGGACAGUAGCUGAACUCGAGCUGAGCCUCAACUCACACGGUCAGCGCUCUGGCGGGGGCGUCUGCGUCAGCUGCAGUCAGAACACCGCUGGCGUCAACUGCGAGAGCUGCGCAGACGGCUUCUUCAGACACAAGGAGGUGUCCCCAUACGAUGACCACCCGUGUGUGCAGUGUGAGUGCAGCCCCAUCGGAUCCCUGAGUCAGGUCUGCGUUAAGGACAUGGAGCAGGCCAAGCCGGACGAAGGUCUGCUGCCUGGACAGUGCCCCUGCAAAAUGGGCUUUGCCAGCUGGCGCUGUGAUCGCUGCUCCCCCGGUUACCGGGACUUCCCCUCCUGCACGCCUUGCAGCUGCAACCUGGACGGCAGCCUUGGCGUCGACCCGUGUGCAGAGUGCUCAUGCAAGGCCAACGUCAUGGGGCAGGACUGCAACCGGUGCAAGCGGGGGUUCUACAACCUGCAGUCGGCCAAUCGCCAGGGCUGCGCAGAGUGUUUCUGCUUUGGGGUGUCCCAAGACUGCAAGAGCAGCUCCUGGUCCAGGGGUCAGGUGACGCACCGUGGUGCCUUGAUGCUUCCGGCCCCCCUAACCAUCCCUAUGGCCUCCCCCCUCGGAGCCCAAGAGCUCCUGUUCUCCUGGGCUGCUCCCAGAUCAUUUUUGGGGAACAAGCUCACCUCGUACGGUGGGUUUCUGAGCUAUGCCGUUUCGCUCAAUGCUUCCGCGGCGGGCAGGAGUCGCCGCCUGUCGUCACACUUCCACAUCGUUAUUCAGGGGAAUGGGAGGACCCUUCGGCAGGCAAUAUCUGAGGAGCUUCAGCUGGUCCCAGGAAAGGAGUACCAUGUUGAUGUGGAAAUCGAGCCAGGGAACUUUGAGAACCUGGACACGGGUGAAGUGGCCAAGCGGGCCGAGCUGAUGAUCAUUCUGGCUGACGUGGCACACCUUUGGAUCCAGGCACAAUCCAAGGAGAACUUGGAUGGAGAGCUGUGGUUGAGCUCCGUGGCUUUGGACAUAGCCGACCCCAACGGCACCAGCUAUAUCCGGGCCUGGGAGGUGGAGAGCUGCGAGUGUCCCACGGGCUACGCCGGGAUGUCCUGCGAGCUCUGCCUGCCUGGGUUUUACCGUGCCAACGGGUCUCUUCAUGGCACCUCCUGCCUCGAGUGCCAGUGCAACGGCCAUGCCUCCCAGUGUGAUACCAGCGGCGUCUGUGUGCGGUGUGAGCACUACACCACCGGCCCACACUGCGAGUGGUGUCAGCCUGGUUUCUAUGGCGACCCCAGAGCGGGCACCCCAGAGGACUGCCAACAAUGUAGCUGCCCGCUAAGCACCAUGGGCAACAAUUUCAGUCCCACUUGCCACCUUGACGAUGAGGGACAGGUGACGUGUGACCAGUGCCCGCUGAGUCACACAGGCUCUCGGUGCGAUAGGUGUUCUGAUGGUUACUACGGAGACCCCAUGGCCCUGGGUGGAGGCUGCCUUCCAUGUGACUGCAGCGGUAACGUGGACCCAGAAGACCUUGUCAAAUGUGACCCGAUCAGUGGAGAGUGCCUGAAGUGUACAGGCCACACGGCGGGCUGGCGCUGCGAGAGGUGCCGGGACGGCUACUUCAGGGAUGCCGUAGUUGCUAAGAACUGUCAGGCGUGUGGGUGCCAUGUAAACGGCUCCUACUCCGCCGUCUGCGAGCCGACGACGGGACAGUGCGACUGCAAGCCCAACGUAGCGGGACGGAAGUGCAACCGGUGCGAGGUGGGAUACUACAGCCUGCUCAGCGGGACGGGCUGUGUGGCGUGUAACUGCAGCCAGGCGGGGUCGCUGUCCACCCGUUGCAACACAGAAGGGGCGUGCCUCUGCAUCCAGGGCGUGGCAGGGGUCAAGUGCGAUCACUGUGCCCCCAACCACUACGGCACUGUGGAAACCGGCUGCAAAGAGUGCAUCUGCGCACACACGCAUGGCCACUGCCUGCCGGACACAGGGGAGUGCGUCUGUCCACCCAACACAAGGGGGCAGGCGUGCGAACUGUGUGAGGAUCUUCACUGGGGCCACAGCUUGGAGACGGGCUGCAAGCCAUGUGACUGCAGUGCCGUCGGCGCCCUGGUGCGCCACUGUGACCUUUCUAACGGCCAGUGCCUGUGCCGGCGUGGGUUCGAUGGGCCCGGGUGCAACCAGUGCGCCCCAGGGUUCAGCGGCUACCCGAAGUGCGCCCCCUGCAGGUGCAACAUGCGUGGUACCCGGGAGGAAUUCUGCAAUAAGGACCUGGCUGCCUGCAUCUGUGGCGACCAGGGCACCUGUGUCUGCAAGGACAAUGUGCACGGUGCCUCCUGUAACAAGUGCAAGCGGGGGACCUUCGGAUUGGUGGCAGCGCUCCCCGAGGGCUGCAGUCCCUGCUUCUGCUCUGGGUUCUCCUCAGAUUGCAUGGAGGCCACCGGCCUGCUCAGAACUUCCAUCACACUGGGCGAGUCCGACCAGCUGGCCAUGGUCAGCAAAAAGGAUGGGAUAGACGCUAUGGACGGCGUCGUCUCCGAUGAGAACGGUGUAGGUCUGAACCCCAGCUCGGCCCAGAGCUCCGGGUGGUACAUUGGUCCUUACUACUGGCAGCUCCCCCCCAAAUUCAAGGGAAACAAGCUGCUGUCCUAUGGAGGUAAGCUCCGCUAUGCCGUGACCUUCCACGCUCCGGGCGACACAGCCCAAGUCCUCAUGGGGGGAGGACACCUAAAUAAAGCGGUCAUCUACCUGGACAUGCCGGAUAGCGGGGUGAAGACUGAACACGACAUCUGCAUGACUGAGCACAAGUGGAAGCAUUCCGGCUCCCGCCGAGGCGUCACGCGUGCUGACUUCAUGUCCGUCCUGAGCAAUGUGGAAUUCAUCUUAGUCAAAGCCUCACAAAGCAGCGAAACGAAUUGGAACAGGCUGACUAACUUCUCUAUGGAGACCGCGGUGGAGGCCGGGGAAGAUUCGCUGGGCAGGGAGGUGGCGCGAUUCAUCGAGAAGUGCAGGUGUCCAUCAGGGUAUGCUGGACUCUCCUGCCAGGAUUGUGCCCCCGGCUACUACAGAAAGGCCAAAUCAGCGCUGAGCCCUGGAAGUCACGGUCUGUUUGUCCAGCCCUGUGUCCCCUGUCACUGCAACAACCACAGCCUGGCCUGCGACGUGCUCACUGGAAUCUGCCAGGACUGUCAGCACAAUACCAUAGGGGACCACUGCGAACUCUGUGCCCCGGGGCAUUAUGGGAAAGUGGAGGGCUCUGUCAGGGAUUGCUCCAUGUGUUCCUGUCCUCCUGGAAAUAAAAAGAGCUUCAGCGCCACCUGUCGUCUGGAAGGCAUGAGUGACUAUCGCUGCGACGCUUGUGAAAAAGGCUACAAGGGGCAGUACUGUGAACGGUGUACCCCAGGUUACACGGGGACCCCCACCGAGCCCGACGGCCGCUGCGUGCCAUGCCAGUGCAGUGCCAGCGGGGCCCUUCACCCCCGCUGCCACCCGCGGACGGCGCAGUGCAAGUGCAAGCCGGGCAUCCUCGGACUCCGCUGUGACGAGUGCGAGGAAAGACACGUCCUGUCCGGGGAUCGGUGUAUCUCAUGUGACGAUGAGUGUACCGGAGUGAUCCUGGACGAAUUUGAAGAGUUGGAUCAAUCAGUGAAAGCUGCUAACCAGGUCCUAGUUCCGUACAGCGUCCUGUGGUCUAUGGAGAACAGGACAAGGGAAAUGAAGACCCUCCUGUCUCAGGAGAGGCUCCCAAUCAGUUUGUCACUCCAAGCCCAACAGCACCUGGCAAAGCUUUCCAAAGACAUUUCAGCGCUGCAGAUGAAGGCAAACAAGCUCUUGGAUGAAGGAGAGGUUCUGGACGAGGACACCGAACAGAGGCUGACCCUGACCAAAGAACUAUCGGAGCAGGUUCCUAACAUCCGCUCGGAAAGUUGCGCUUUAGAGGAAACAGUCAGCAAUCUGAACAAAACCCUGCAAGAUGUUAACACCACCCAGCUGAUGGAGCUGAUACCACCAAUGCUGGGGGCCAUGAGCAAGGUCAACCUGAGCCCUGGCCGGACCAGAGCCUCCGACGCACUUGGGGUCGCAAAUGGGCUCCAGCGGAUGGUUCAGAGGGAUUUUCACGCACCCUGGCAGGAAUUGGAAGCACUGGUCAAGUCAGUCAGCCUCAAACUAUCACAGAAGGAUGUACAACUGCAUAGCGCACAGGAGCAGUUGCUGCUUAUCCGCUCCGAGAUCAGCCACACCCUCCAGCUGCUGGGCCCCAUCACUGACAACCUGGACAAGUUUCAUGAACGGAAACAGAGCAUUGACGCCCUGGUAGACGCGGCCAAGACGCAGCUGGGGGAGGCCUGGUACCUCAUACCUGAUAUUAACAACACUUUGGACAGUACAGCCACUGCUCAAGUUCUUUCGGACAUCCACGAUCAGCUCGGGGCUGAGAGCAAAGCUUUAAAAGAGCGAGUGGACAUACUGGCAACUCGCUUGGAGAAUGUUCCGGAAUUGGUGUCCAAAGUGGAAGAUCACACACAGCUGCUGCAGAAGAAGGCCCUCAUACUGCACACAGUUAUACUGGCUGCAAAGAAUUCUUCCCUGAAAGCAAUCAACGCGCUCUCUGUUAACUUCAGAAUCUUCCUGGACGUUCAGGAAGCAGAGCACUUGGCAGAGCUGGCUGACAAGAUGGCUCCCUUGGUGGACGACUCCGUGAGAAACCAGAGCGUUGUGGUUAUUCAGCGCAGUCGCAUGGUCUGGGCGGAGGGUGUGGCACUGAACAGUCCUCUUGUCGACCUCUCUAUGAACGUCACUGAAAGGAGUCAGGAGCUCAACUCAAUCCGAGAACGGAUCCACAGCAUCCCCAGCCAGCUGCCUAAGCCCUUGACCGUCAGCGAGGCUAAGAUGACCAGUCAAAAGAUCCUUGAGUCCAAGGAGCUGGUGUCUAUGACUAAUGCCUCCCUGCAGUCCACGCUGCAGCUGCUCCAGAACCUCAGCCAAGAGCUGGAGGAGUCGUCCAUCUUGGUAGCUCAGGCCAGUGAGGACACGGAGGCCACAGAAAGCUUACUCAGUGUUUCCCAAGAGACUGUGAAGGCCAUGGAGUCUGUGUUUGGAGAGGUGGAGGCCCGGGUUCAGCAUCUCUCAGAUCGCCUCAAGCCCCUCAGGAUCCUGGGCGAGCAUCUGAGCCGGAACUUAUCUGAAAUCCGAGAAUUAAUCAAGCAGGCACGCAAGCAGGCCAGCUCGAUUAAAGUGGCCGUGUUGGCAGACCAAGACUGCGUACGCACCUAUAAGCCUGAGCUGUCCUCCAGCAACCUCAACACCCUGACCCUGACCGUGAAGACCAGCGAGGCAGACAACCUUCUCUUCUACAUGGGCAGCAACUCCAGUGAUGACUUCCUGGCGGUGGAGAUGCAUGGCGGGAUGGUGUCCUUCCUCUGGGAUGUGGGAUCUGGACACGCUAAACUGGAGUAUCCUGACCUCCAAAUUGACAACGAUAAGUGGUACCGGAUACAUGCGAGAAGGUUUGGACGACGUGGCUCCCUGAACGUUUGGGACCUGCAGUCGGACCUGAGACCCGCUGUGGAGGUCUCAUCUCCAGGCCCCUCCGUGGUGCUGGAAGUGGAUGAGUCCACCCUGAUAUUUGUCGGGGGACUUGGUAGCCAGAUCAAGAAAUCUGAGGCUGUGGAUGCAACUCACUUUAGUGGCUGUAUGGCUGGGACCUGGCUGAACGGCAAGAACAUCGGCCUGUGGAACUAUGUGGAGAGACAUGGGAAAUGCCAGGGCUGUUCCACAAGUCUGCAUGAAGAGGAAGAAGAAGCCUCUUUUCAGUUUGACGGCAGCGCGUAUGCGGUGGUGCAGAAAGCCCUUCGCUCUUCAGCAAAUCACAUAGUCAUGAACUUCAAGACCUUCACUCCGAACGGCCUGCUUAUUUACAUGGCCUCUGACACCACGAAAGACUUUUUGGCCAUUGAGCUUGUGGAUGGAAGAGUACAAGUGACCAUUGAGCUCGGAGAAGGACCGCUCAUCCUCAGCACCGCCAAGCCCUACAACACUGGCAAAUGGCACCAACUCACCCUUCGUAGGGAUAAAUAUAACGCUCUGCUGACAGUAAUAGACACCAGUGACCCUAGCAAUAGAGAGGAAUUGGAGGGCCAGGCUCUUGGCACGGAUUCUGCCCUGAACCGCUCAGAACAUGACCCCAUCUACAUUGGCGGGCUUCCUGACUUCAGAUCAGCCUUAUUGCUGCCCAGUACAAGGUCGUUCACUGGAUGCAUCAAAGACGUUGAGAUCAGCCGUACAAACUUCGACCUGCUAGAUAAUGCUUACGGUGUGACAAAAGGAUGUGUUUUAGAGCCUAUCUACAGUGUCACAGUCCGAAGGGGGGGCUUUUUGGAGCUUCCGGCUUUGACGCUGCUCCCCCAGGCCGAGGUACUGGUCUCCUUCUCCACGUACAGUGGUAAUGGUCUCAUUCUGGCGGGCUUCACUGAGGCCGAGCGACGAAAGCGCCGGCAGAACAACCAGCCUUUCCUCGCUGUCGCACUGGCGUCCGGCCAGCUGGAGGCGCACGUGAGUGCGGGUGAGGGAGACGCACACAAGGUUGUGUUGCAGUCGAGCACCGGGACCUUCAGUGAUGGGCAGAAACACUCUCUUAUCCUCCAGUGGCAAAACAGAACAGUGACUUUGCUUGUGGAUGAGGACAGUCAGGACACUGUGACCUUGGGCCCAUCAUCCGAGGAUGAGACCCUGAGCCAGUCUGUGUUUUACGUGGGUGGGCUUCCUCCAGGGAUGGCUGCUGGAUCCCUUGGGGUCUUCAGCUCCUUCUACGGCUGCAUCAGCAACUUGGCCGUGGACUCUGUGCUCCUGAACUUCUCCAGUGCUCUGCAGCAUCAGGGCAUAGAAAUGUCCUGCAUGCUGGACCUGCCGGAUGCCACGGCGGCUGAGCCUCCCCAGACCCCACCUGCUUCUGUGACCCCCCCCUCACCCACCCUGAGCGAUGCCACAUGUGCCGUAGCAGACCAGACAGAGAGUAUCCCCGGUGCCUACCAGUUCGGCUUACUGAGGCACAGUCACAUGACCCUCAACAUUAGCGAGCAAGCUGUCCGGGCCGGCUUCUCUUUGGAGCUCUCCCUGCGCACCUUCGCUUCCAGCGGCCUGCUCUUCCACAUGGCGGCCCCCACCCAGACAGACCACGCCACGCUGCAGCUGUGGGGGGGCCAGCUCUUCUUUACCUGCAACCUCGGCAGGAAUGUGGCCACCGCCAGCCUUCCCGAGCAUGUCGAUGACGGCCAGUGGCACGCGAUCAAAGCUGACUUUGGGAAGAGAAGUCUGAAGAUCAGCGUCGAUGGCCAAGAGUCCUCCACAGUGCAGGCAAAGGGGAAGACCAACAAUUUGGAUGUGAGGGGUGCAUUGUACCUGGGAGGUUUGCCACCGAACUACAAAGCCAAGAACAUCGGAAAUGUGACCCACAGCAUCGCUGGCUGUGUGAGAGGAGUGACCCUGAACGGGGUCCCCCUGGACACCGAAAACCCCAUCGCGUCCUAUUCCACCUCAGGAUGCUUCUCUCUUGUCCAGAAGGGAACCUUCUUGGAUGGUAGCGGAUUUGCAGCUUUUGCUAAGGAAGGCUACAAGGUGGGCAUGAAUGUCAAGGUGGACCUGGAGUUCCGCACCACGGCCCUCAACGGCGUUCUGCUCGGAGUCAGCAGCACCAAGGCGGAUGCCAUUGGGCUGGAGCUGAUCAACGGACAGGUCAGGUUCCACGUGAAUAACGGGGCGGGCCUCAUCUCCGCCGCCUACGACCCGGAGGAGCCCGGCCAGCUCUGCGACGGCCAUUGGCACACGGUGACAGCCAACAAGAGCAAGCAUGGCGUGAGUCUGACGGUGGACGGGGUCACCGUGCACAGCGAGAACCCGCAUCUCCGGGCCACGUCGGUGGACUCCAACAACCCCGUCUACGUGGGGGGCUUUCCUGCUGGAGUGACACAGAGCUGCCUGACCACCAGCGCUCCCUUCAAGGGCUGCAUCUCUAACGUCCGUCUCAGUAAGGGCGCCCAAGUCCGAAAGCUGGACUUCAGCAAGGCCUUCAUUCUCCGUGGGAUUAUCCCGUAUUCCUGUCCUGGAGCGCCAGCAUCACCCCUGCAGUGAAGAUAUCAAAGCAGGAAAAGGCCCCCAAAAAUGUAUGUCUUCUUAAACCUCGUGUCCUUUAUAUACAGUUUAUUUGUUCAUAAACACAUGAAAUGAUAAAAACCGAGUUUGGCAGAAAAUAUAUCUUUUGAGGGAAAAGAUUCACUGAAGGUAAUAUUAGUGCCAAAACUACAUUGUAAUACAUCAACAAACAAACAUAAAUGGUACAAUUAGGUAUGGAGGAGAAAAAUUAAAUUAAAAAUAAACAUAAAAUCUUC